AUGGAUGAUACCAAACCUUCUUCUCUUUCGUCUUCUUCUUCUCCAAGCCAGAAAGAUAAGCAACAAGACAUCAAUUCGCUGCCACAUGAAGCCAUGUCGUUGAAUAGUAACAGUAGUAAUGAGCACUUUUCAGCCGCAGACUUUCCAGAGCAACCCAAUGUUGAAACGAAUCAGCCACUUACAGCUGAAUUAUUGGCAGAGCAGAACGAACUGUAUUCAAACAAGCUGGAGCCAAAACCCAAUGCAAUUCGUGCUUGGGCUGCCGAUCUUCCUGAAGUGCCUGAUAGCGUCCAGCCUAUCCUCACAACCACACAUAUAUUCGAGAUGGAGUCCCUCACAUUAGACGAUGAGGAAGAGGAAGAAGCUGAAGAUGAGACAGUGCGACAAGACCACCAGCCCAAGAUACAAGAGACAAAAGAUGUAUUCAGCGAGACACAGAAAGUGGCCUAUGUCAGCCUCUGCUAUCUAACCAGUUUAGAGGUUGUUUAUGAUUUCCAAGGCAAAGACUUUACAUAUGCUCGCAUGAGUGCAGAUAACUGGCAGCGGAAAUUAAUGCGAAUGCUAUAUUGCCAUAUGGACAUCUCUGCAGACGAAAUCAAGAUGAUUGAAUCUCUGUCCAAGCACGAUAUCCGGCCAACCGAUCUCGUACAUCAAUUCACAUCUCAGGGCCAGACGGCAGAAGUGCAGUUAGACGACUUGAAUACCAAACCAAGCCAGAAACAAGCAGCCGAGUUUGAUAACAACAAGAUCAUCAUUGACCUCUGUUGGACAGUGAUGUGCGACCUGUUUUUAAUCUGCCUGAGUACUGAGAACUAUGACGCUCGUUCCAGAGUAUUUGUUGCCAGAAUUGCAUCCUACUUGUCUCUGGAUUGGUUUCAGGUCAUUGGCUUUGAGAAGCGGAUUGCAGAGCAUUUGCUGGAGGAUGCCAACUGGGAAACAGAGACAGUUACCAGUGUAGCCACCACCAUGACGACAAUGACCAUGACCAACGUUGAUCACAAUGGAUUGGUACAGAACGACGUGGAAAAGAAGAGCAGAAACAAGCAGCGCAAAAAGAGACGUUAUGUCAUGAUUGGUUUGGCUACAAUUGGCGGUGGACUCAUCUUGGGUCUCAGUGCUGGCCUUAUGGCUCCUGUAAUCGCAGGUGGUCUUGGUGCAUUAUUAACAACUGUUGGUGUUGGUGGAACAGGAUUUCUGGGUAGCACAGCGGGUAUUGCUUUAAUUACAGGUGGUGCAACACUUGCAGGUGGAAGAAUUGGAGGAAAGAGCAUGAACAAGCGUAUGAAGACUAUAAAUACGUUUGAAUUCCUCCCGGUCCAUGUAGACGAAAAUGUAAACUGUAUCAUUAGUAUUACUGGCUGGCUUCCGUCCAAGGACGCGGAUGAAGCAUCGCUCCCCUUUAGCACAUUGGACCCUCUCAUGGGCGAUCAUUACAACCUCUAUUAUGAACCAGAGAUGCUUUUCGAGCUGGGCAGUGCGUUCCGUAUCUUUGCAACAGAGGCAGUGACGUUUUCUAUCCAACAAGCACUGGCACACACCAUCAUGGGUGCACUGCUCGCUGGCCUUGCAUUUCCACUUGCCCUCACUAAAUUAGGAUACAUAGUAGAUAACCCAUGGGCAAACGCACUAGAUAGAUCUAGAUUGGCUGGCCUUAUCUUGGCAGACACUUUGAUGAACCGAAAUCUAGGUGCGAGACCAAUUACUUUAGUUGGUUACUCUCUUGGCGCCAGAGUCAUCUUCUUUUGUUUAUUAGAGUUGGCUCGUGUAAAGGCAUUUGGUCUAGUUGAAAAUGUCGCUUUAUUUGGUACACCUGUCAGUGGCACCAAAGCCGAGUGGAAGGAAUGCACCACCAUUGUAUCAGGUCGUUUUGUUAACGGUUAUGCAACAAACGAUUGGCUGUUAGGCUUUUUAUUCAGAACAUCCACUGCUGGUUUAGGCAAUAUUGCUGGUCUCAGGCCCCUGUCUCAUAUAGAAGGAAAUAGAGUGCAGAACUUGGAUUGUACAGACUUGGUCACUGGCCAUUUGAGCUACAGAUCCUCCAUGCCGAAAUUACUGAAGCGUGCAGGCUUUGUAGUAACAUCAGAAGAACUGCCAGUGAAAGAAAAGGACAAGACUUCGUUAGAAGAGGAUACAUCAUCCACCGUUGCCACUGCUGCUGGUGCUUCCUCCGACAUAAAAAAUAAGCACUUGGAUUCUGCAUCGUCAUCUUUGAAAAAGAGAAGUUCGUUAUCGUCACUUUCAUCAGGAAAAGCAUCGAUACAGCUGUCGUCCAAGACAUCUACACCAAUAGCAGGAGCAGAUGGCCAUGACCACGAAAGCGAUGCGAUGCCCACAAGAACAGCUUCAUCCUCUACAGCGCCAAUGACACCAGGAAACCAAUCGCCUCGUACAUCGAAUGACAAUAAGCUCAAUGGACCCAAUACAAUGUCAGACUAUGAUAUUAUUGCAGAUAUUAUUGCCAAUGCAACCGCCGCCGCUUCAUCAAAAUCAGGUACAUAUAGUUCUUUAUCUUCAGGAAAAGCUUCUAUUACCGCAACUCCCUCUCUCAUGCCGUCCGAUCCAAUGAUGACGACUUCGUCCUCAACUACAACCACCAAUUCUGCCACUACAACCACAGCAACGAUAGCAGCACCAAGAAAAUCAGGAUUAAACAACUUUUUCGGUGCUUCAGCCAGCAGAUCAAAGUCUGAGACCACCAUGAGCAGCAGCACAAAGAGUAUCAUAACACCUGAAAAACCUAGAACCACUUCCAGAUCAUCCCUACUAUUCGGUACGGGCUCCUUGUUUGGCUCGAAAAAGAAACCUGCGACAGAGGAAGAAAAGGAACUCAAGGAUGCAGGUGUUACAGUCAAAGAAAUCAAGGGUACCUUAGGCAGAUUGGUUGUGCCUCAAGAAAUUGCAAAUCCAAUGCCUAAAGUGAAGCUGGAAGCUCCUCAACAUGCCCGUUUGAACCGUUAA